UUGUGAGGCGCUCGGUGGUUGCCACUUCCGCAGCCGGAAGUUGGAGUUGAGUCACUGUCUCUGCGGGAGCCAGGGAUGGGUAAGCAGAGGAUGAGUUAAUGAGAGCGGCCAGGUCCGAGGAAGCCGCAAUAACCACCAUCAGCAGCAUCACUGUCUGAGGAGACUGAGAUACUCAGCCUUCGGAGGGUGGGUGGGUUCAUUCAAUUAAUCACAUCAAGCAAGGGCCGCACCUUCGUCUCGACUUCUUUUAUUCAAAAUGAUGGAAGAAAUCGAUCGAUUUCAAGUACCCACAGCCCGGUCAGAAAUACAGCCGCUGGAUCCGACAGCCACCUCCAUCUCUGAAGGUGAGUGUGACACCCGCGAGAGCGAAUCUGUGGCAAUGAAUUACAAGCCAUCCCCACUGCAGAUGAAAAUAGAGAAGCAGCGAGAGCUAGCCAGGAAGGGGUCUCUGAAGAAUGGCACUGUUGGAAGCCCUGUCAAUCAGCAGCCAAAAAAGAACAAUGUGAUGGCAAGAACAAGGUUGGUUGUACCAAACAAAGGAUAUUCGUCACUAGAUCAAAGCCCAGAUGAAAAACCUUUGGUCGCUCUGGAUACUGACAGUGAUGAUGACUUUGAUAUGUCAAGAUACUCUUCUUCAGGUUAUUCUUCAGCUGAGAUUAAUCAAGACUUGAAUAUCCAACUCCUGAAAGAUGGCUACCGGUUAGAUGAAAUUCCAGAUGAUGAAGACUUGGAUCUUAUUCCCCCGAAAUCAGUAAAUCCCACCUGCAUGUGUUGCCAGGCCACCUCCACUACUUGCAAUGUUCAGUAAUGUGACUGACGCUUUCCACUGUAAUUGUAAAACUAACAGCCAUUGCUUCCUCCUAUGGUAGGACAUGCACUUUGUGUCCGUGUUUAAAAAAAAGCCGACCAUCAUUGUGGCAUUCAUAAGUGAGUGUGAAUGCAGUGUUGAAUUUGUGUGUGAUAGAAGGUGACAAUGCUACUGCUUUGCAGUGGUUAUAUUGCGUAAUCCUGAUUUUUAUUUUCCCCCACCCAUCUGCUUCUGGGGGUGGGGCAGAGGGAAGAGACAGAAUAGAGCACUACUUCAGCAUGAUUCAAAGUUCAGCCAUGAGCUGAAAGCAAAGCAUCUGUAAGUUCUUUUGUCUACUCAUACUUGGCUGUUUAUAUUUGAAGUGUACUGGUUUAUGUCCAUGUAUAUGUUUACCAUUGCAUUUGGAGCCAAUGAUAUUUAACCUAAAAGUUGCAAAGUUUUUUCAAAGCAUUGUCUUCUUAGCUCUCUAAUUUAUAUAUUAUUUCCUUUUGUUGUUAGAGGUUUCUAACUUUACAUUAACAUUCAAAAUUUGAUAACACUAGCAUAGUCUUUUGUUAAAAGAUUUUACACAUCUAUCUAAACACUACAAUGGGUGUAACUAGAGUACACUUUAUUGUAGUGUACUGUUACUUGUGUGCACAAGUUUUAGACCAUUCAUGUCAAUGUUGGAUUAAAGGUUAUCUUCCCCUUGAAUGUAUUAUGUUUUAAAAAGGGAGAUUUGUUUCAUUUCUAUACAAUGUUAAAAUGACAUGCAUAUAAAACUUCUUUUAGUAUUGUUUUGGAGGGGUUUUUAUGAUCUAUUUGUUUGGGAGGAAGAAUAUUGUUUGCAACUCUGCUUAAAGGUUACUAAUAUUGCUACUUUGAUGAAAGGAGCAUAGAAGAGUUGGUAAGAUAAAAACUGCAAUGUUAGAGGAAACAAUUCAUUGUAAGUUUACUUAUAAAUAUUAGAAAUGGACAGAAAUGCAAAUCUGGCUGUUGUAUGGACAACAUAAUGAAGCAGAGGAGUAUUUUUAGUGUGCUGCACUUGAAAUAAUUAACAAAAUUAUAGGUAUAAUUAUAGUUGUAAUUUGGCAUCAUUUAUAAAUGGUUUUAUUUUACCUUAACAUUUUGCAAAUUGUAACUCCAAGUAACUUGUUUGAAGUCUGUGUUCUGUCAUCCUCAAUGACACAUUUCAUUAUUAAUUGGUAAAAAAAAUCAACCCACACAUGGCCGAUUAAGUUCUAAUCAAUGUAAAGUACAUACUAGUUGAAUAGAAAAUGUGUUGUUUUAAAUGUGUUGUCACUAGAGGUCCUCAUUAAGCGGGGACGAGGUCAACGCUCCUGGGAAACUUCCUAGACUGUCAUAUGGCUGUUGGACACGUUUACUUGGUUUAAAAUGGUUUCUGCACAAAUCUAUUUUACAAGCUGUUUCAUUCCUUGCCCAGCUCCCGAAGACAAAGCACUGAAACUCUGAGAUAACAAAGCCAGUUGUUAGAACGUCCACAUAUCAAUAAUUGAGAUAGAUUCAAUACUGCUCCUUCAGGCACACCUAGUACUCCCAUCUCAACAAUUAGAUGAUGAUUAUUUUAAUCAAAGAGCAUAAUGGAUGAAAAUUCCUAAUUCUGAAAAUUUACAUUUCGCAUUUUGAAGUGUCAAUAUUUUAAUCAAGAUUACAAAUAUUUGAGCAGGAAGUUUAGUCUAAUGUUUACUGUCUGUCUCAAAGCUCAUUAUUGAUUACUUUAGUUUAUUUAUUUAUGUACAUAUAUUUAUAAAGAAAAACUAAACAGUAAUAUGUUAUCCAUGUGACACUUGUAUUGAGUUAGACCAAAACUUGAAGGAAUAAUCAUGCUGCGUUCCUCACCUUGUUUAGGUGGAUAUUAGUACAAAAAGGAAUUCUGAGUUUAUGAUGACACGAGAAUUAAGAAUUUUUCUGGCAUUUUGAACUAAUUUUUUUGUGGUAUGAGACUCAAUUAAAGUUUAAUUUAAGCAGUAGUUAAAGGAGUCAAUUGCACACACAAUGUGUUGCCACCCAAUGUAUCAUGAGUCCCAAGCAGAAGCUAUUAGUGAUCUCUCUUUUCCCCCCCCAUCCCACUUCAGAACCUUUCUAAGAAAUUAAUUAUUGCUAUUUGGUGUUUCAGUACCACACUGUUGUAUUGUAUAUGUUCUGGUAUGCACGUGUCCUACGCUAACACUCCAUGCAAACAAAGUGACUUGUCCGAAUAACUUGGUCUUUGCCUUCAGGUUAAUGCUGCUGUUUGUUAAAGCUUCCAGUUAACAAAAUACCUUAUUCCAAUAGAUGUGAUCUUGUUGCACUAUAAUCAUUUUAAUACAAUGAUGCUCACCAUGUGUAGGAUUUUUGUCUUGUCUUGUGAUCUUGUUGUAAUAUCAAAAAAUACUUAAGAUGCAAAUUGCCCAUUUGCCAGACCUUAUUUGGACUUAAUCAAGAGAACAUUUCUUAUAGAAAUCCUGUUGCACUUAAAAAGCAAAACUGAAUAUUGUAAAUCUGGAAGAAAAUAUAAAUUUCCGAAGAUCAUAUGCAAAUCUAUAAAAUCUGAAUUUAGAAAAAGGAAUUGUAGUGUUGAUUGUGAAAUUUGGCCUGUUGCACUGGUUAGAGAUUUUUAAAACUCUAAAUCCAUUUUCUUGCCCUUUAUCUAUGUCUUAUUUAUUCUUUCACAAAUACUUAUUCAGUUUCUUUUAAAUGAUAAGUCUCAGUCUCACUAGUUAGCUGCACUGAAGCAUUUCAUAUUCAAUAGCUGUCUUAAUGAAAAUAAUUCUUCUGAUUAUCCCAACCAUUUUUCUUGUCAUAAUCUGUGCAUCAUGCCAACUGGAGUAACCCUCCGUUAGUUCUCAGAUGGAGCUGUUCAGGUACUCAAAUUUCAUUUUAUUUAUGCUCUGUGCUUUCCCACAGUUUCUAAUACAAAUAUUUACUGUCCUAAAUGUUUUAUUCAUAAAAAUGAAUUAACUGCUAUUCUUUUUCUGCAUUACAGCUAACUUUUAUCCAUGCUGCCUUAUCACCUUGAUGACCAUAUUUCUCAAAACUUUUAAUACUAAAACCCUCUACGAAUUCCCUUGCCUUUUAUUGCCAUAUUCAAAUAUUUUUACAAAAGUGUAACAUCUAAUUCCCAGAAUAAAUUUUCAAACCAUAGCCAGUCAUCAAAUCAUGAUCUUACCUUUGCCAGUCUUCCUAAUCUUUUCUUUACUUAAAUAAUCUGAAAUAACUAUUGUGUUGCCAGAAGGCUUAUCUGAUUCCGUCUUCAAUGAAACACAAUUUCCUCUAGUUAAAUAUUCAAGAAACUAAACCAGUUGUCUUUGGCCCCUGUCACUAAUCCACAUCCUUAACUCUGAUUUCACAUCCUUUCUAGAUAAUGUUCCAAGCCAAAUCAACUCUUUUUUUUUGUUUUACAAUGCCUGGUUUGGAUCUUUGCACCCAAGAUGGAUGGUGCAUACCAGGAAAUUUCCUGGCUCACCACAGUUGCCUCAGGGAAAACUCACUCAAUUGCUUACGCUUUAGCCUUCCAGGCCUCACCUAUCCACUUCACAUAUCCCAUCUGUGCCAAUUCAUGCCCCCACCCACCCUCAAGUGAUCUCUCAUACCUGCAAUGCCAACUUAAUACCAAUUCAUGCUAACCAAUCCACUGUCCUUCAUCCUGCCAAACUCCAUGUAAACUCACCCAAUGUGCACUAUGGCCACACCUCAAGCCCACAUUCCAAUCAAAAAAGGUCUAAAUAUCUAUUGCAGCUCCACAUAUAAUAAGCAAAACUACCAUUU